AUGCAGAAUUUGGAACUGAAAGUCAUAGAAGCAAGACAACUUAAAGGAGGUGACUUUUUCGGUCUUUCGAGCGACCCAUUUGUCAAAGUCGAUUUCAACGGCUCAAUCCAACAAACACAUGUCGUGAAUUACUCUAAGAACCCAUACUGGGGAAAGUCCUUUCAUUACACAAACGUUCCCUUUGGGUCGCGGAUCAAAUUUGAUGUAUGGGACUACGACACUUUCAAAUCAAACGACUUUUUGGGUUCGACCACUUAUAUUGUACAGCCCGGGCAAUGUGGACAAGUCGUUGACACGUGGUUAAGCCUCAAUCCAAAAGGCGAGUUACACAUUCAAAUCAUUUUUGGUCCAAAUACAAUACAACAACAAAGCUAUUGCCAGCCACAACAAUACACAAUAGCUCAACCAUUGCCACCUCCUCCUAUGUGUCAACCUUCAUACAUUGAACCAUCUUAUCAACAACAACCAAUAUACCCAACUUAUCAACAACAAAUGCCACCACCACCUCCUAUGCCCGUCUAUCAACCCCAAUCCGUUAUGGAUUCAAGACCAAUGUACACCUCUUAUCCAAUGUCUAAUAGCGCAUAUCCUCCCUCUAAUAAUCCCUAUGGCUUCUAUAAUCCAUUCUAA